CUCUCUCUCUCUCUCUGUGCAUGUAUGUGUGUGUGUGUGUGUGUGUGUGUGUGUUGAAGUCAUAUAUUUCAUACGAGGGUGUUUACUGUAUUUGUUGGCAGUCUUGUAGGGUACACUCGGCACUGUGUUAUAAGGAAGAAGAAGAGCAGCAACACAAGCCCUAACCCACCUGUAUUCACCUGAAAGCUACUACACAAAGUUCAGCAUGGCAAACGUCGGUCCUUCCUUUGGUCUGUCCCGAGAGGUACAGAGUAAGAUUGAUAAGAAAUACGACCCAGAACUGGAGGAAAGGUUGGUGGAGUGGAUCGUCGCUCAGUGUGGCGCUGGAGUGGGCCGGCCUGAGCCAGCCAAGAUCGGAUUCCAAAACUGGCUCAAGAAUGGAGUUGUGCUGAGUGAGCUCAUCAACAGCCUGUAUGCUACCAACCCGCCAAUAAAGAACUUUAAGAGCUCCAGCAUGGUGUUUAAGCAGAUGGAACAAAUAUCCCUGUUCCUCAAAGCAGCAGAAAACUAUGGAGUCACCAAAACUGACAUAUUUCAGACUGUAGAUCUCUUUGAAGGCAAGGACCUGGCCGCUGUCCAGAGGACCCUGAUGGCUCUGGGUAAUUUGGCUGUCACAAAGAACAACGGCUGUUACAAAGGAGACCCCAACUGGUUCCACAGGAAAGCCCAAGAGAACAGGAGAGAUUUCUCAGAGGAACAGCUGACCGAAGGCAAAAAUGUCAUCGGCCUGCAAAUGGGCACAAACAGAGGAGCAUCUCAAGCUGGAAUGACGGGCUACGGACGACCCAGGCAGAUCAUCAACAAACCAUGAAUCCACACAGAGCUUAAACUCUCCUUCUCCUGCCCUCUGAAAGGCCAACUAGGACCAUGAGAAGUGUAACCCGACUGUUUUCAAGGCUAAACUGGACCAAAAUGGGGACCAAUGAGAACAUGUGCACAUACUUCAUGUUGAGUAGGCCUACACAAAUAGAUACCUUAAACAGUGUAAAGUUGACAGAGCAUUUGACAUAGUAAAUUGUAAAUGAUAGUUUGUUCUUAAUUAAAGGAUAAUUUCAGUUGUUUUACAUGUGUUAACCCACUUCCUAAAAAUCAAAUGUGCCUAACUGCAAACCUAAGAUUUUAGAUUUUUUUUGUUGCCUUCCAAACAUCCAGAGGUUUCAGUUCAUUAUAAAAUCAUCUUGCAUUUAA